AUGAGCAACAUCUACAUCCAGGAGCCUCCCACGAAUGGGAAGGUUUUAUUGAAAACUACUGCUGGAGAUAUUGACAUAGAGUUGUGGUCAAAAGAAGCUCCUAAAGCUUGCAGAAAUUUUAUUCAGCUUUGUUUGGAAGCUUAUUAUGACAACACCAUUUUUCAUAGAGUUGUGCCUGGUUUUAUAGUCCAAGGGGGAGAUCCUACUGGUACAGGGGCUGGCGGAGAUUCUAUCUAUGGGGCCCCAUUCAAGGAUGAAUUUCACUCACGGUUGCGUUUUAAUCGGAGAGGACUGGUUGCUAUGGCAAAUGCUGGUCCUCAUGAUAAUGGCAGCCAGUUUUUCUUUACACUGGCUCGAGCAGAUGAACUUAACAAUAAGCAUACCAUCUUUGGAAAGGUGACAGGAGAUACUGUCUACAACAUGCUGCGACUUACUGAAGUGGACAUUGAUGAUGAAGAAAGACCACGUAACCCACACAAGAUAAAAAACUGUGAGGUUUUGUUUAAUCCUUUUGAUGACAUCAUUCCGAGGGAAAUUAAAAAGCCGAAAAAAGAGAAACCAGAUGAAGACGUAAAGAAAUUAAAACCCAAAGGCACAAAAAAUUUUAGUUUAUUGUCAUUUGGAGAAGAAGCUGAGGAAGAAGAGGAGGAAGUAAAUCGAGUUAGUCAGAGUAUGAAAGGGAAAAGCAAAAGUAGUCAUGACUUGCUUAAGGAUGAUCCACAUCUCAGUUCUGUCCCAGCUGUUGAAAGUGAGAAAGAUGCAGCAGGGGAUUUGGAUGAUGAUGAAGAAGAUGAAAGUGCAGAGUGUGAUGAAUAUAUUGAUGAUGAUGAGAAGAACCUGAUGAGAGAAAGAAUUGCAAAAAAGUUAAAAAAAGACCCAGGUACAAGUGUUAAACCAGCUGGCGAGGGAGAAGUGGAAAAGAAAUCUGUGAGCCGCAGUGAAGAGCUCCGGAAAGAAGCAAGACAAUUAAAGAGGGAACUCUUAGCAGCAAAACAAAAAAAAGUAGAAAAUUCAGCAAAACAAGCAGAUAAAAGAAGUGAAGAGGAAGAAGCUACAUCAGAUGGUGCUGUUGCAGAAUACAAAAGAGAAAAACAAAAAUAUGAAGCUUUGAGGAAACAGCAAGCAAAAAAGGGAACUUCCCGAGAAGAACAGACCCUUGCACUGCUGAACCAGUUUAAAUCUAAACUCACUCAAGCAAUUGCUGAAACUCCUGAAAAUGACAUUUCUGAAGCAGAAGUAGAAGAUGAUGAAGGAUGGAUGUCUCAUGUACUUCAGUUUGAGGACAAAAGCAGAAAAGUGAAAGAUGCAAGCAUGCAAGACUCAGACACAUUUGAAAUCUAUGAUCCUCGGAAUCCGGUGAAUAAAAGAAGACGAGAAGAAAGCAAAAAGCUCCUGAGAGAGAAAAAAGAAAGAAGAUAA